AUGGAAGACAGACAGAUCGCCUUCAUCUCAGGUCCAAUCGACACUGGACCCGAUGGAUCCUACUUUCACACUCACUACGUGACCAAGAUUAAUGAUGCGAUCCAGCGUGAUCAUGACUUCGUUAUUGGCCCUCUUCCAAGCGGUGUGGACGCUGAAGCGCUCGCGUAUCUCCUUGCUUACCCUAUCUCCCCUGAGCGAAUUACAAUCUUCGUGACCCAAGCCGAAGAUGGUAUGUGGGGUGGGCAAUUCCGCUCGAUGGGAGUCAACUUGGAGGUGGUUGAGGGACAGAUGACUCGCGAUCGGGAUGCGGCACUGACGAGAGCCAGUACGUACGAUAUUCUACGUGUCAGAACGAAAGACGAGGCUCGGGCAUUCUAUGGCCGUAUGUGGCGUGAAGCGCAUAUCACCAAUACCGAGCGCAAUUGGAAGAGACGACGGGGGAUCGCGGAGAAUGAGAUUGUUGAGGAGCUGGAGGUCAAUCGUUCGAUGGGUUGUUUUUCAGAUCCCCCUGCGCCCGUCAAAGAGAAACGGCUGUUCAGCACGAUAGGUGCAUGA